CUUAAAAUCCCCAGGAAGCGGAACAUACAUGUCCCUUUCCUGUCCAGACUUGGGCCUCUGGACAGGCAGCGGAGGAAGAGCUCAGAGCAAAGGGCAGCCGCCGCCGCCGCCACCGCCUCCAGCCCCACCCGAGCGGCCCUGCCCCGUCACAGAGCGCAUGCGCGCAGUGGGGGAUGUCGGGAGCGCGCAGCGGCCCCGGGGGCAGCAGUAGCAUCAGCGGCAGCAGAGGCAGCGGCGGUAGCGCCGGGGACGCGGACGUUGACGGGGCGGUGUCGGUGUGGGAGGUGGUCGAGUUCCUCGCGAAGCUGCUGGGCACCGCCGCCGCGCUGAAGCUGGUUCUCUUCGUGUUCCAGGCGUGCCUCGCGAUGGCCUGGAAGUCCGGCGGGGCCAGUCACUCGGAGCUCAUCCAAAAUCUCCGCAAAAAUGGAAUAAUCAAGUCAGAGAAAGUUUUUGAAGUAAUGCUGGCCACAGACCGUGCUCAUUAUGCAAAAUGUAAUCCCUACAUGGAUUCUCCACAAUCAAUAGGUUUCCAAGCAACAAUCAGUGCUCCACACAUGCAUGCAUAUGCUCUAGAACUUCUGUUUGAUCAGUUGCAUGAUGGAGCCAAAGCUCUUGAUGUUGGCUCUGGAAGUGGGAUCCUUACUGCGUGCUUUGCCCGUAUGGUUGGUGCUACUGGAAAAGUCAUAGGAAUUGAUCACAUCAAGGAGUUAGUAGAUGACUCAAUAAGUAACGUCAAAAAGGACGAUCCAACAUUUUUGUCUUCAGGACGAGUCAAACUGGUUGUGGGUGAUGGAAGAUUGGGAUACUCUGAAGAAGCUCCCUAUGAUGCUAUUCAUGUAGGAGCUGCAGCUCCAGUUGUGCCCCAAGCACUAAUAGAUCAGUUGAAGCCUGGUGGAAGAUUGAUUUUACCAGUUGGUCCUGCAGGUGGAAACCAGAUGCUGGAACAGUAUGACAAACUACAAGAUGGCAGCGUCAAAAUGAAGCCUCUGAUGGGGGUGAUAUACGUGCCUUUAACAGAUAAAGAGAAGCAGUGGUCCAGGUGGAAGUGAUUAUCAAUUCCACUCUUUCUUCUUCCACACGUACAAGGGAUGAAUUGUAAAAGUUACAUCAACUUGACCCGAAUAUAAUAUUACAGUGGAUCGCUCAUCUCCAGUUCUAAGAGCUUUUUGAAAACCAACAGCAUCACAACUUGUUUCAGACUUUGUCACACUGUUAUAAUCAGCAUGAAAAUGCGUGGUUUUGUGGGGUUUCCAGUUCUUUUAAAGAAGCACAGAACCAAUCUGGUAGAGAAGGAGGCAGAGUACACAUUUGUGCAUUGUUUCUUUUAACAUGCCUGCAUUUUAUGUUCAUCUAUUUAAAGAAGGGGAUUUCUACAAAUCAUGAAAAACAUAGCUUGUGAAUUCCGAUACUGACUGGGCGGGGUGAUCAUUUUUUUCUCUUCUCGGGUCCUUAAUUCAGCUCCAGUAUAUUCAUUGAUCAGGUUGCUUCUGUGCAUCUAAUGACACUAUUCACAACAUCAGGUUUUCUGUAUUCAAAUGUCUGUUAGAUGCUAUUAAGAAAAUAGAGAUGAGCUUCCUUUUUAAAGCUUUUGACGUGGUGUCAUAGAAUAGCAUGUAGUAGAUACAAUCAAUCAGCUGCUUUGUUACCUUUAAAACUAGGCAUUUGUACAUAUGGAACUUCAAGAGAUGAGAGGUGAUUAUCUCUUAUACACUUGGCUGUUCAGAUUGGACAUAACUGACAUAGUUUCUCCUUGAUCCUCUUUUGAAAUGACCAGAGACUUGUAGCUCAGUAUUGUUUUUCCUGUUUGUAAUUCACUGCUGAUAAUGUAUAUGAAUUUAACAUGCUGUGUAAGCUGUGUCCUAGUUACUGAACAGUUUAUGCAGUGUUGCUUUGCCAAAUAAAGUUAAAAGCAAAAACACAA